AUGACUUACUUUCUUUUCUACACUCUGGUGUUCUUCGUCAUCUUAUCAGGAACAGCACUGUAUCUCACUCGAUCGCGAUGGCUACCCUUAUUACCGAUCCCAGAUCACAUCUACCACCGCCUCCCGUCGAGUUUCACAUCUGACCUGGAAAACGGCCUGAGCUCAUCGCAGUUCGAUAUUGCGGCCAAUAUCGCUGAUGGGGAUACCCGCGCUGGCCUGGACGCAAGAGCGAAGGCGGAAAUUAGAAAGAUCAUGAAGAACAGGAGGGUUAACUUCGAUGAGGCGCGGCGCAUUUAUACCGAACAGCGAUUUGCGAAGAAUAAUAUUGGGCCGGAUGGGCGGCCGAGAGAUCCGAAGUUUGUCUCGUUUUCUUGA